CAUGUUGGCAGUGCUCGCGUCAGCGUCCACCUCGUGGCAAAACAACCCGUGCGUCGAUACUGCCGCGCCGUAUCACAAACAGCCAUGGUGUGACGCGUCGCUCAGCAUCGACGAACGCAUCACCGACAUGCUUGGCCGCAUGUCGCUCGACGAAAAGAUCCCCAACCUGAACACGGCGGGCGUAGAGAUCAAGUCGCUUGGCCUGAGCGCGUACAACUGGUGGGAGGAGGCCUCUUCCGGCGUCUCGGGCGGCAAGCAGACCACCAAGUUCGCCUACCCCAUUACGACAGGCAUGUCCUUCAACCGGACCCUCUGGCGGCUCACGGGGCGGCAGAUUGGGCACGAGGCGCGGGCGCUGAUGAACGCAGGCCAGGCCGGGUCGAGCUUCUGGGCGCCGGUCAUCAACCUCGCACGCGAGCCUCGGUGGGGGCGCAACAUCGAGGUGCCGGGCGAGGACCCGUAUUUGGUUGGAGAGUACGCUGAGGCGUUUGUGACGGGGAUGGAGCGGGCGCCCGAGGACGGCGGCGCACACAUCCAGGCGUCGGCGUGCUGCAAGCACUACGCGGCCAACAGCAUGGAGCACGCGACCGAGGGCGGGCAGACGCACACGCGGCACGACUUUUCUGCCACCAUCUCGCGGCGGGACCUUGUGGACAGCUACCUGCUGCCCUUCCAGGCCUGCGUCGAGAAGGGCAAGGUCUCGGGGCUCAUGUGCUCGUACAACGCGAUCAACGGCGUGCCCUCUUGCGCCUCGUCCUGGCUGCUCGACGAGGUCGCGCGCAAGGACUGGGGCUUCGACGGCUACAUCACCUCGGACUGCGACGCCGACGCCGACGUGUACUACAAGCACCACUACAGGAACUGGACGCAGGAGGAGACGGUGGCGGGCGUCCUCCGCGCGGGGACGGACGUGGACUGCACCUCCUUCGUCGGCAAGUACGCCCCGUCCGCCCUCAAGAAGAAGAUCAUCGACGAGCGACUCAUCGACGCACGGCUCGCCAACCUCUUCCGCGUCCGCAUGCGGCUCGGCCACUUCGACCCGCCCGGACCGUUGCAGCGCUUCCCGCUCUCCGACGUCUGCUCGCCACACGCCACCUCGCUCGCAACCUCGGGGAUGGUGCAGUCGGCCGCACUCCUCAAGAACGAGAACAAGACCCUCCCGCUCUCCCCCUCCGCGGCCGGCAGCCUCGCCAUCCUCGGACCGAACGCAAACCUCAGCAAGGCGACCGUCAGCUACUACGGCCCGCACCAGCCCUGCGGCGCUCACUACUGGACCCUCGCCGACGCGGUUGCGACGCGUUCGAGCAUGCAGCCGACGGCGUGUAGCGCACGCGGCGUGCCCACCGUCCUCUCGGCCGACACCUCCGGCGUCGCCGCCGCCGUCGAGGCCGCCAAAGCUGCCGACGAGGUCGUGCUGGCGGAGCACGACGCGAGCAGCAUCAACUUCACCGCGGCGCAGGCGUCCCUCAUCCGCGAGGUUGCCGCCGCGGCCAAGAAGCCCGUCGUGCUCGUCCUCUUCACGGCGACGCCCCUCGACCUGAGCGAGCAGCUCGCCAACCCAAAGAUUGGCGCCGUCCUCCACCUCGGCCAGCCGUCCGUCACGGCGAGCUCCUCUUCGGCCACGCCUCCCCCGCGGGCCGCACCGCCGGACUGCCGCGGCGGCUGCGGCAAGCAGAACGGCACCAACCCCGGCCGCACGCACCGCUUCUACAGUGGCACGCCGGUGGUCCCGUUCGGGUUUGGCCUCAGCUACACCACCUUCUCCUACUCGCUGGCGGCGUCGAGCGCGACUCUCUCCCUCGACCCGGUGCGUGCGAUGCUGCGCGAGACUGCGGACGCGCGAAAGACGUUCCCGCGCGCAGAGUUCACCGAGGGGGAGAGGGCGCGCCUCGUCCGCUACACCGUCUCCGUCACCAACCACGGCUCGAUGGACGCAGACGACGCCACACUUGCCCGCGAGACCGCCUUCGGAAGCGAGCCCACCCCCUGCUGCGGUGUAGGCUUCCUCGUCCCACCCGGCGCGGGCAAGGACGGCGCCCCGCUCCAGAGCCUGUUUGGCUUCGAGCGCGUGCACGUCGAGGCGGGGCAGACGGUGUCCGUCGACUUGUACCCCGCCCUCACCGACUUUGCACUCACGGCGCUCGACGGCACAAAGUCGGCCCGCGCAGGAGAGUGGACCGUCCGCUUCGGCGUCCGCGAGACGGCGAAGCUAGGCCAGGGCUUCGCAGAGACGAAGCUUACCGCGGUCUAG